UUAGUGAUUUCCUUUUGUGGAGAGAAAAGUAUCCUCCCAAAAAAAUUCCUUCAAUAAAAUAAAAAAUAAUUCCUUCAAUAAAUAAAAAUAAAAAUCCACACAUACAAACACAAAAAUUAAAUUAAAAAAGGCCUCUCUGCAUCCUUCCAGAGUUCCAGAGUGUAAGCAUAACAGCAAGAACGAAAGACCUUUUCUUUCACUAUAUAUCACUUUCAUAAGUUUCUUAAAUCUAACAAAUUCCAUGUGAUUUUUCUGGGUUUUUGUCUAUUUAAUUUUUUGGAUUGAAUUUCUGGAACAUUUCUUCAAUCUCAUUUCACUUCGGUAGUUAUCUCGAUCCUUGUGUAUGUGUGAUCUUGGUGGUGGUGAGAAGAGAUCAAUUUUGGAGCUAUGACUAAGGAUUCUGGCGGUGGUUCUGGAACUCCUAAGCUCAGGCGUCGUAAGCAGUCUAAUGAGAUUCCUGCUGAAGUUACUAAACAAAAUGGGGGCAGUUUACUUGUUAAUGAUCGUAACAAGUACAAAUCGAUGUGGAUCCGCACACACUCUACGUUUUGGAUGAUUGGGGGCUUUGUCUUCAUUAUCUACAUGGGUCAUCUUUAUAUUUGUGCCAUGGUGGUUGUGAUUCAAAUUCUGAUGGCGAAGGAACUGUUUAAUCUAUUAAGAAAGGUUCGAGAGGAUCGAGAUCUUCCUGGUUUUCGGCUAUUAAAUUGGCACUUUUUCUUUACUGCAAUGCUGUUUGUGUAUGGUCGAUUUCUCAGUCAUCGGCUUGUCAAUACUGUCACUUCAGACAAAGUAUCAUAUAAGCUUGUUAGCAUUCUUAUCAAGUACCAUAUGGUGAUUUGUUAUUUCUUUUAUAUUGCAGGUUUUGUGUGGUUUAUCCUCUCUCUAAAGAAGAAGAUGUACAAGUAUCAGUUUGGCCAGUAUGCAUGGACACACAUGAUCCUUAUUGUUGUGUUCACACAAUCAUCAUUUACUGUGGCCAACAUCUUUGAAGGAAUGUUUUGGUUUCUUCUUCCAGCAUCACUUAUUGUCAUAAAUGAUAUUGCUGCUUAUCUCUGUGGGUUUUUCUUUGGAAAAACUCCUUUGAUUAAGCUUUCUCCAAAAAAAACGUGGGAAGGUUUUAUUGGGGCUUCCUUUGCAACAAUCAUUUCAGCGUUUCUGCUCGCAAAUGUCAUGGGUCGAUUUGAGUGGCUAACAUGUCCCAGAACGGAUUUAUCUACUGGUUGGCUCCAUUGUGAUCCUGGACCGCUGUUUAAGCCGGAGUAUUACCACUUGCCAAGAGGGAUUGCAAGCUUGUUGCCUUGGAAGGAUAUUCCAGUCAUGCCAGUUCAAUGGCAUGCUUUAGGACUCGGCCUAUUUUCUUCAAUCAUAGCACCUUUUGGAGGAUUUUUUGCCAGUGGAUUUAAAAGAGCCUUCAAAAUUAAGGAUUUUGGUGAUAGCAUUCCUGGGCAUGGUGGAAUUACCGACAGAAUGGAUUGUCAGAUGGUAAUGGCCGUCUUUGCAUAUAUCUACCAUCAGUCCUUUGUUAAGUCACAAAACUUCUCAGUUGAGACAAUCUUGGACCAGAUAUUGAUGAACCUUACAUUUGAGGAGCAGCUCGAUUUGUACCGGAAACUUGGAGAAAUCUUGCAGCAGAAAAGAUUUGGACAAUAUUAAAUCUAUGAGGGAUAUAUGCUUUUGAGUUUAAUCUUUUUGGGGUUCUUCUGACAAACUUCUGAUUAAACUUCAUUGAAGAUUAGCGGGAGAAGCUCUAGGUGGUUAUUGACUAGGACCCGCGAUUAUAUCAGACGGCUGGUAUUGGUCGAGUUGAGGCGUCUAGAUAUGAGAUAUGCUUGGCCUGCCUCAUGUUAGGGAAAACUUUGACGAUGGUGGUAACUGGUAAUUGUCUUGUACAUGUGAGAAGAACAUAGGAGGUUUCUUAGCAUUGUAUUUUUCUUAGUUGAGUGUAUCAUAAUCUUCUACUUCUUUGAAAUUCUUCUUGGUAUUUUGUUCAAGUUAAUUUUCAACAAUAACAUUUGUUUUUGUCUUUAGAAAUAUUCUUGAACUUUGCAAAUUCGAUUGGAUUGGCCAUUUUACUAGUC